AUAGUUUGUGCUGGCAUUAUACUACAUAAUUCAAGAUAUUCUAUAAAAUUUAUUUUUUAAUUUCUUUAUUCAAAUAUAUAAUAUAGAUUAUAAUAAAAUCCGAAAUAAAUUCAGUAGUAAUACAUAUAUAUUUCAUUAAGUAAUAAAUAACUUUAUUUUUCUUUAUUAAAAAAUUGAAUAAAAGAAAAAUGGCAAGAGAACCGGAUGAAGAGCUAAGAAAAGCAUUCUCACAAUUACACGAAAAAAUGAUUGAUACCACGCAAAAAUUGAAGUUAGCAGAUUUACAAAUUGAAAAAUUAAAACGAUCAAAACAAUUCGCUGAACUAACAAUGAAGGAAAUAACCUCAUAUCCAGAGAAUACUAAAGCAUAUGAAUCAGUUGGCAGGAUGUUUCUUUUAGACAAUAUGGAUAGUAUAAAAAUUGGUCUCAAGAAACGAAUGAAAAAUGCUGAUGAAAAAGUGAAAAAUUUAGAAAAUAAUAAAACAUACUUGCAACAAAACUUAAAAGAAUGUGAAAAUAACAUAAGAGAAAUGAUACAACAGAGACAAAAUAAAGAUACCUCCGGUUAAAUUUUA